ACCGGUGCAUGGCCCAUAAAAAUGGACAAACAUGUUCAUUGAUGACCAUAAAACUAAAGUUCCAAAAUGGCCAAUCCAUUGCAAUUUGCAUUAGUUUGUGAGUUUUAAGCCACAAUUUUCUUCGUGUCCUCUUCUGCUAUUCAGUUACCCUUACUCUUUCACUAAUUUGACUAACACUUUGAAACCAAACUAGUUACACACUUGCACGAAACAAAUUAAACAUUCGUUCAGAAAUUUAGAAGUUUAGAACUAUCACCCAGUUCAAUUUCUUCACCAAAAAAAAAAAAAAAAAGAGAUGCCUUUUCUUCCUGCUCCUCCAUUUGAUGAUUUUCGAGAAAAGAUAUCUUGUCAAUUGAGACCUUGGCAACGUUCUUUUCAGUUCUGGGCUCGUACUGCUGAAAUUUAUACUGGGUAUAAGGUAUUUCAAGCAAGAGUGAGUUUUGUGAAGGAUGUAAAGAAACAAGAGGAAAUGUGGGAAAGACAACAUGAGGUUGCUGCUGAUAAGAUUUACAAUAUGUGCUAUGAAAUGGGUGGCUUCUUUCUUAAGAUUGCUCAAAUUAUUGGAAAACCUGAUUUGGCUCCUGCUGCGUGGGUGCGACGGCUAGUGACACUAUGCGAUCAAGCUCCCCCUACACCUUAUGAGGUUGUUCGAAUCGUGGUAGAAAAAGAGUUAGGUGAAAGCAUAAGUGAAUUGUUUGACCAAUUUGAUGCAAAUCCUCUUGGUUCUGCUUCCAUUGCACAGGUCCACCGUGCAAGGUUGAAGGGCAACAUAAAUGAUGUUGUUGUUAAGGUCCAACAUCCAGGAGUUCAGGAGUUGAUGAUGACUGAUAUUCGUAAUUUGCAAGCUUUUGCUCUAUACAUGCAGAAAACAGAUAUUAAAUUUGAUCUCUAUUCCGUGACAAAGGAAAUGGAGAAACAGAUUGCAUAUGAAUUUGACUUCACAAGAGAGGCUGCAGCUAUGGAUAGGAUCAGGCAUUUUCUCUAUGAGAAUAACAAGAAGAGUCCUGUCCUGGUACCACGAGUUAUGAAGGACAUGGUCAGUAGGAAAGUAUUGGUGAUGGACUACAUUGAUGGUAUCCCAAUCUUGAGACUUGGUGAUGAAAUGGCAAAAAGGGGAGUCGACCCUAGUGGUCGGAUUGCAGCUGCAGCAAAGCAGAAUAUCCUUAAAAGCUUGGCUACAGCAUAUGGGCAGAUGAUAUUGAAGAGUGGCUUCUUCCAUGCAGAUCCUCAUCCAGGAAACAUUCUAAUAUGUAAAGGUUCUGAGGUUGCAUUGCUGGACUAUGGGCAAGUGAAAGAUCUCCCAGAGAACUUGAGGCUUGGAUAUGCAAAUCUAGUGCUUGCUAUGGCUGAUAAUGAUCCUCUAAGAGCAAUUGAAAGCUAUAGGGAGCUUGGUAUUGGCACUGUGAGCAAGUGUGAGAAUGAAGAAGAUGAAAUGCUGAAGUUAGCUCAGACUAUGUUCGACACAAAUCUACCUCCGGGAGUUACAAUGCUACAACCCUUCUCCGAAGGAUCCUCUAUUAAAAAGAUUUCGGUUGAGGCUUUUCCUGAAGAACUGUUUUCUGUUCUUCGAACCGUGCACCUAUUAAGAGGUCUAAGUGUUGGCAUGGGAAUGAAUUUUUCAUGUGCUCAACAAUGGCGGCCUAUCGCGGAGGAAGCUCUAUAUCUUGCUGGUCGACUUCAAGCUAAGGAUAUCAAGGAGAAACCACAAAGACAUGGCUGGUUCAGAAGGACAUUUCGCAGGCGAUAGUUGAUAGUAAUUGUCGGGCAGAUUAUGACUUCUACCUAUUCUUUGUGGCAGUUGUUUUGGGAGUAGACGUGGAACAGUAAAUGGCUACUUAUUUGAUUCACACAUCCUUUUUCAUUUUCUCUUGUUAAUGCUCCUUAUCCUUUCUCCUUUUUUUGGCAGAUUUUCAUGCCAUUUAUGUGAAUGUAAACAUUAUUCAUUGAUUUAAUAUAAUGAAAGGAAGAUGAAUGAAAAGCGGAUCAUUUUCUAA